AUGGUAGUGGUAGUUAGUAGCAAUGGAAGUGAUGGAGGUAGUGGGAGUGGUAGAGGUGGAGGUGGUGGAAGGAGCGCUUUUGGUGGUAGCGGUAUUGCUGUUGCAGUAACGCUACUGCAAGCAGUUGAAUUAUGGACUGGUGAAGUAGUUAAGUCACCCAGAGUAGAUAGCUUGCGGUGGUUCCAUAGAGGAGUUUAUGAAGAGCGGCAUUUCCUGGAGGUGGUGCAU